AAUGUCUUCAAAGUGUCAUAUUCAGUGCGUUUUGCUGCCUGACAAGACAGUCUGAGGUGAUCAGUUUGAAGAAAGCAGGGGACACGCUGACCAACUGAACAUAGGACCUGCUGUCACCUGAAGCGGAUGGUCACCUGACAGAGAUGGUCGAUACAGGACUAUGCUGUGGAAGCUUGGAGGAGCCCAAGGCCCUGAUGAAGAUGGGUCUGAGCGUGGUCCUUGUCGGUCAUGUGAACUUCCUACUGGGAGCGCUGGUGCAUGGCGUAGUGCUCAGGCACAUUAACCUCCACAAGCAGGCCCGGGCCAUGGAGUACGCCAUCUCCAACGUGGUGGCUCUAACCUCCGGCCUGGUGGGCGUAGUUGUUGGUGUUCUGGCUAUUAUUCUGUCGAAAAACAAGAAGAGCAAAGGACUGACGUGGUCUCUUUUCACCAUCAGUCUGGUUGCGGCUCUCAUGGCAGCAGCGUCGGCCAUCGGGCUCUUAGUGUCGGUGGUGAGGGCCGUCAUUCACGGUGGGCGGAGCCUCCUGACUCACUGCCGCUUCCCCGACGCCAUUGGCUACUCCAGCGUCACCAACGAGUGUCCCUUUGACCCCACGCGCAUCUACAGUACCACUCUGAUCCUUUGGGUGCCUCUGAUCGUGACUUGUGUCAUCCAGCUGGUGUUUUCCGCCCGGUGCUUUGGUGUCUGCAUGUCCUUCCUGGGUCUGCCUUGCUGCCCCACCAGGAAGAGGCCCAGAGACUUCGGCAGAGCGAUUAAUGUGGUAAGGCCAAUUGAGGAAGUUGCUCAAUAUACGGCGCCUCCAAGAAGCUACAAUGAACCUCCAUCACGCCACACUGAGCUUCCGAGACACCACAACGAACCUUCAAGACGGACCACUGCACCACCAAGGCAACAUCACCGACCUCAUCCUCCCCGCCAGCACCAGAGUCUUCCUCCCUCAGAGAGACGGCCUCUUUACCAACCAUAUAGAGAAAGGUCAGACAGAGAAAGGGCAGAAACAAGGGCUGGCAGUCAGCAAAGGCCACCAGAGCAACACCAGCUGCUGCAGAGGGGUGCACUGGAAAGGUCCAGCUUCUGGAUUUAGCCAUAUUUGACAUGUCAGACCUACUUGAAGAGUGAGACACAGGGCUUAGAGGUUGUUUGCUGUAAGUUUUAGCUACUUUACCUGGAAUCAAACACACUCACAGCCCUCGAUCCCUAUCGGUACUUCACAGCUAUGACCUCAGAGACUGAAGAUGGUUUAUUUAGUGCACCUGAUGUGUGAGUUUUCUCAGGCUUGGACUGUUUACAUGGUUUGAAAAGAUCCCAGUUAUGUGAGUUUGUUCUUAUUUUCGUCUUUCUACGUAUGAGAGACAAAUUAUCAGGAGAGAAAACCGAGCUAAAGUGAGCUCGAGAGUGAGGAAAUGGUGACGGUCCUUAAUGGAGUAGUUUGAUAUUAUGGGAGAUAACUCAUUUUCUCAUCAAGAGGUGGAUGAGAGAUUGAUAUCAAUCUAAUGUCUGUGACUUACGGAGCUACAGCUAAAACAAUAGUUAGUUUACCUUUGCAUUGAGACUUGAUGUAGGGGGAUAUGGGCAGCUAAGAUAAACAUCAAGCAACAACUUAUGUUGAAUGAAAGUGUGAAUAUUACAAGCUGUGGUUUUUCAUAGAAGUUAUUGAUGCUUUCUCAUGAUGUCCACAGCAUAAAAGGCACAAGAUAAACACCACUUAUUGUUAUUUGGGAGUCACAAAUCAUGUUGCCAUUACACAUUUUGAUAUACAUUUUAAAGAACCACAUUGGUUAAACUUAGUGGAAAUGGCAAAAUUCUAAACAACUUCCCCAUUUUCGCAAAAAAAAAUCGCCUCUGGACAACAUGAAACAUACCCAGUACCA